CACACAGGGUGGAUGGCACCCAGUGUGGAUGGUACCCAGGGCGGGUGGCACCAUGGCCAGGGUCCUGUUUCAGCCCUGCUCCAUCCCUGUUCUGCAGCAGCGGCCCGGGAUGCCCCCCGGGGGCAGGAUGCCCAUGGCAGGGCUGCAGGUGGGACCCCCAGGAGCCCCCCCGUAUGGAGCAGCCACCCCGCUGAGGCCCGGCCUGCCCCAGGCCAUGAUGGAUCCCUUCAGGAAGCGCCUGCUGACCCCCCAGGCACAGCCACCCAUGGCCACCCCGAGGAGAGGGGUGAAGAGGAGGAAGAUGGCUGACAAGGUGCUGCCACAGAGGAUCCGGGAGCUGGUCCCAGAGUCCCAGGCCUACAUGGACCUCCUGGCCUUCGAGCGCAAGCUGGACCAAACCAUCGCUCGGAAGAGGAUGGAGAUCCAGGAGGCCAUCAAGAAACCCCUGACGCAAAAGCGGAAGCUCAGGAUUUACAUCUCCAACACCUUCACCCCGGCCAAGGAGGAGGGAGAGGGGGGCGAGCGUGUGGCCUCCUGGGAGCUCCGAGUGGAGGGGAAGCUGCUGGAGGAUCCCAGCAAGCAGAAGAGGAAGUUCUCCUCCUUCUUCAAGAGCCUCGUGAUCGAGCUGGACAAGGAGCUCUAUGGGCCAGACAAUCACCUGGUGGAGUGGCACCGGAUGCCCACGACCCAGGAGACCGACGGCUUCCAGGUGAAGCGUCCCGGGGAUGUCAAUGUGAAGUGCACCCUGCUGCUCAUGUUGGACCACCAGCCCCCCCAGUACAAGCUGGACCCGCGGCUGGCCCGGCUGCUCGGGGUGCACACCCAGACCAGGGCCAGCAUCAUGCAGGCCCUGUGGCUCUACAUCAAACACAACAAACUGCAGGACAGCCACGAGAAGGAGUUCAUCAACUGCAACCGCUACUUCCGCCAGAUCUUCAACUGCGUCCGCAUGCGCUUCUCCGAGAUCCCCAUGAAGCUGGCAGGGCUCCUGCAGCACCCAGACCCCAUCAUCAUCAACCACACCAUCAGUGUGGACCCCAAUGACCAGAAGAAGACAGCCUGCUACGACAUCGACGUGGAGGUGGACGAUCCCCUCAAAGCCCAGAUGAGCAACUUCCUGGCCUCCACCACCAACCAGCAGGAAAUCGCCUCCCUGGAUGCCAAGAUCCAUGAGACCAUCGAGUCCAUCAACCAGCUGAAGACACAGAGGGAUUUCAUGCUGAGCUUCAGCAACAACCCCCAGGAUUUCAUCCAGGAGUGGAUCAAAUCCCAGAGGAGGGACCUCAAGAUCAUCACGGAUGUGAUCGGGAACCCCGAGGAGGAGCGGCGGGCCGAGUUUUACCAACAGCCCUGGGCGCAGGAGGCCGUGGGCAGACACAUCUUUGCCAAGGUCCAGCAGCGCCGGCAGGAACUGGAACAAGUGCUCGGGAUCCGCCUCACUUAAGGCGGGCGGGGCCCGGGGCCGCCCCCGCCCCGCUGCCCGAGCCGGACGGUACCGACUGGAAGCCACAGCACUUGCACAAACCCGAUGUGCCUGGAGGGAGGGGAGCCCCCGGGGCUCCCCGGGCCGAGCACAGCGGAGUCCCCGCUCCCCCCAGGCCCCCGCAGCGCCUCCUCCGCUUUGCAUCGCGCCCUCCCCGCGCAGCCCCCGCGGGUUCCCCGCUCCCCUCCCGCUCCCAAAGCUCCCCCGGGGCCGGGAAGCGCUGCCCGUGCCCGCGGGGAGGAGCUGCCAGC